AUGAACCCGCAAGCGCCAGUCGGAGGGGAAACCCCUCUAAACCCCGUGACAUUUUCUGAAGCGGACCAAGGUCCUGUGGACAUCGAAAGGGGUCCCUCAGAAGGGGGCCCUCAGGACAACGAACGCACCCUCCACACAACAGCUGACGGACAAACUCUCAGCACUCCAGCACAGCAGGGCUCCUCCCGCGAGCCCCUCGCCAACCUAGGCUCCACGCUGCUGCGCUCCCGCAGCAGCCAGACCUCAGGCGCAACACUAAACCCCCCUCCACAAAGUUCUCUGCAAGGGGGCCCCCAGGGAGAGCUAAGAGGGGCCCCCCAGGAGUCCUUGGGGGCGGGCCUCCUGAGGACACCACAAGGGAACGCAGAUAUGUCCGGAGAUUCGCGUACGUCGGGUUUUUCUUUAUAUUCUUCAUCUGAGUUGCAGAAAUACGCAGCUUAUGAUGCGGAUUUGUUCGAAGCUCUGGAUAGGUCUCGAUGCUGCUGCCGGUGGGGUCCGAUUGCAGCAUUUGCUGCCAAGCAUGCAGCACAGCAGUCUGCACUGACAGCAAAGGGAAUUGAAAAGUACCUCCAAAGAAGGGCCCACCUAUACAGGGAAACUGACGAUCUGCUUCUGUGUCUGGGAGGCCUCAUGGACUUCGAAGCAGCAGCUGCUGCUGCUGUUGCUGCUGCUGCUCCUCCUUCUGCUGCAACAGGGGACGCUGCGUCUCCGUCUAGAGGGGGAGAGGAAGAAGAGGAGCAUCCACGCCAGCAAGCCACCAGCAGCACCAGCAACAGCAGCAGCAGCAAGGAGCUGCAACGGCGUGCGUUGAAGUGGACAACAAAAAAGCUGCGUUGCAUGUGCGACGAUUCCCUCGCUGGACAACCAGUCCUCCUUGAAGGCCCGAUCUCGCUCAAGUGCUGUCUUCUUCGUGAGGCAUUCGGAGCGGUUGUUCGCCAGGGUUUGAGGAACAAACAUUUCUUCUGGGAGGCCCCUACGGUAGGACGGGAUCCGAAGCCACCCCUCUCAGGAGAGUCCAGCAGCAGCAGAAGCAGCAAGGACAGCACCAGUGAGACGCUUCGUUGGAAACGAAGGGCUGAGGUUUUACAAGAUAUAUUUCAUGCUGAGGGAGGCAACAAGGAGCUUCUGCAGCAGCUUUUGCAGCGGGUGCGGGAACUACCAGAUCUUGAUAUGCCCUUUGGAGGGCCCCUCAGUGGGGGCCCCUUAAUGGCCGACAGGCCAGAACCUGCAACUACCACAUGCUCAUUGGAGUCUUCGUCUGCAGCAGAAGCAGCAGAGGCAACGGAUCCCACGCAGCAGCAACGCAACCGCCAGCAGCUGCGUGUAAGCGCAGACCCACAUGUUGCAGCCGUUGCAGCAAUAGGAGCAGCAGAAAUCGUGGACUCUUCUGCAGGAGAGGCCAUACCAAAUGAUGCCGCGAUUGGCACUGCUGCUGCUGCUCCUCCGAGUGCCGUUGCAAGUGGUACUACGCUUCAAGAGUCUAUCAUCACAAAGGCAGAAGACAGCAGCGGACCGGAAGGGUUUAGGUGUUCGCGGUCUCUGCUGCGGCUGCUGUUGCAUAUUGCACAGCAGCACUUGCUUCAGCACCGCAUCUGUCUGAGGUCCCCUACUGCAAGGAAAUCCGUUUCUGCUGCUGCUGCUUCUUGUGCUACUCCGGGACCCAACCAGGAUCCGGACGACGCGUACCCAGCACAGUCAGCUGCACCACCUGCACACAGCAGUUGCAGCAGCAGCAGCAAAAGCUCACUAGGGGGCCCCAUGAGCCCUUCAAAACCGCCUAAGCUUCCCCAGUACAACAGAAGAAAACAGACACACGACCGUAUAUGUCACGCAGCCAUUGCAGCACCUGGCACUGAUGUCUGCUUAGCUGCAGCACCAGAGGAUGCUGCUGAAGCAGGAGGAGCAGCUCCAGCAUCCCAAGAAGGCACACAGUCUGCUGAAGCCGCUGCAAUACCAGCUGCUCGCGUGGGCCUCCAGGGGCAAAGAUGUGACGACGGGCCGAUACCUGAAGGUGAGCAGCAGGCAAAGAAAACAGAUCCAGGCCCCACACCGGCAUCUCCCACACCACCGCAAGCUGCUGCUGCUGCUGCGGUUGCUACUACUGGUGCUGUUGCAGACGAUAGCCAGCGAGCUUUAUCAACUGCCCAAGAUGCAUGGGACCUGCCGCACGAUGUUGCGGCUGCUUCAGCAGCAUCGCAGCCACAGGGGAGGCAGCCGCCGCUUCUCCUAGACGCUGCCACAGUUGGUGCAGCUGCAGCAUCAGCAGCAUCAGCAAGAGCAGCAGCUAGGGUAUCCGUGCCUUGGGGCCCCCAUGAUCCCCGCCCCAUCAGUGAGGGGACAGGAAGGAGCGCCUGCAUGGUGCUGCAGCGCAUUGCUGUGCGGCUGUUGUUUGCUGUUGCCCUGUGCAGCAGCAGAUACACCGCACCUGUGCAUGAGCUGCAACGGUUCGUUGCUGCUGUUGCUGCUGCUGUCAAGCCCUGUCUAGCAGCUAUAAGGGAAGUCGGUGAGCGCAUGCGCUCGCCACAACGCCAUCAACAGCCGGUGCAGCAGCAGGAGCAGCAACAGGAGCAGCAACAGGAGCAGCAUGGGCAGCACGGGUGCUGCACGGGUGUACCUAACGUAGAAGGAACUCUGUUAGACUACGUUGUUGUGCCUCUCUGUUAUGGCCUGGCGGUUGUAUCUGCCUGCCCCCUUCUCGGGAAGCUGCAGCAGAAUGCUGCAGCAGAACUUUAUGGGAUACUUCUGGAUGCUGAUGCUGCAGUAUACGCACACCCUCUGCUGCGGCAGCUAGCUGAAGCACUCAGCUCUGAAAACAGCUGCAAGCAGUUUCAAGAAACUCCGCACCCCGCGCACCAGCAACGGCAGCAACCGCAACAGCAACAGCAACAGCUGCAACAGCAGCAAAUAUGUCAGCCUGGAUUUGACCCCCAUCCACCUUUGCACCCGCUGCUGCGAGUUGUCGAGACUCCUCAUCCUUAUUCGCGGCAGCAUGCUGCAUGGACGGAGGAGGCAGCAGCAGCGUGGGCCAGCAGCAGAGGUGUACGACUAACGCAGCAGCAGCAGGAUCAGCAGCAGCAGCAGCAGCAGCAGCAGCACUUCUUUUAUGCAUAUCAAGCGUGCUUACCUGCUGCUUCACACAUCAUUCUCCUGUUCGACCCCAAGUGCGAAACAGAGGGCCCUCAUGAUUCUCUUUGGGUGUUUCGAGGUCGUUGGUCUUGUGCCCCCUCUGAAAUACCUCCGGAGUGUCUCCUUGCUGGUCCCUUCAGCGGCAGCAGCACAGACGAGGCAGGGGGCCCCUUCGGGGGACCAUUUGGGGGCUCCGCCUCUCCUGGGGGCGCCCCCUUUCCUCAGCAACCUCUCGUUAUCGAGGCACACACCAUCUCCUUUGUUUUCACUGUUGCGGAUAAACCCCCUCCCUCUUUUGCCUCCAGCUGCAGACCCAAGGGGCCCCUAUGGGGCUUCAAGGUAUACUGUGUGGGGCAGCAGUGGUCCCUGCCGCUGGCAGCAGCAGAAGCAGCAGAAGCUGCUGCUGCCGUGGCAGCAGCACAAGAACAAACCUGCAGGGGACGGACACUACUAGCAACCCAUCAACAAGAAAAGGAGGUCUCAUCGCACCGGGAGGCAUCUCAAGCUGACAACAGCAGCAGCAGUAGCAGCAGCAGCAGCAGCAUCGGCGUCAUUGGUAGUGUUGGGGACCCUUUGUGUGUCUCUUCGUAUGGACGGGUACUUAAGGAAAACGGCCUGCAUGUGUUAGUGGAGUUUGUAUUUGCGUGCAGUGCUGCUGUUGCUGCAGCAACCGCAGCGUUGUUGAGGGGUUCUGCUGCUGCUGCUCAUGAGCAGCAGCUAGGAGGGGCCCUCAGCUCUCUCCUAUUUGCAGGGGGAUACAGGAGGGAGAGACGCCCCUGUGUCCGUCGGCUGCUGUCGCGCUGCAACGAGCAACACCAACGGACGUCUUUUAUCCUCCCUUUGCUGCAGCCAUGGAAAGGAGACAGGCACAGGCAGCAGCGGCGGGAGAUGGGCCCCUCCCCGUUUACAGACACCGACACAAUCGGCAGUACCCGUCGCAGUCGCGAUCUCCUCUACGACAGCAACCGGCUGCAGAGGCUGCAGCAUCGGCGGCAGGUGCAACACAAGCACAACAAUACACAACAACGCGCAGCAGGCGACUGUUCCCCCCACCAUUCAGGAUGUCCCUCUGAGGGGCCUGCUGGAGGGCCCCGUAGGGGCCCCUCAGGGGGCCCUGCGGACGCCUACUUGGAGGAUGCUGCAACUCCAGCGUUUGGCCUCGCCCAUCCAGGGAGCAGCAACAAGCUACCCGAAGCGGCUCAGGAGGGGACCUUCGAGGGGACCUUACAAACGCAGGGGACCCCCUGGUGCCCGUCGAAGGAAGCGCUUUAUGGAGGAGAAGCACAGCAAAUUUCUGCUGCUGGAACAUUAUCCCAAAAUGGUAGUAGUCGAGGAGGUCUAGCAGCAGCAUAUGCAGGUGAAGCAGCUGCUGCUGCUGGUGCGGGAGGAGAAGACUGCUGCUGCAGGCAAGAGCUGCUGUCGCAUGCACUGGUGCUGGGGGGGCCCUGGGAGCCCGAGCUUCAGCACCUGAGGGCCCACCCUGAGGGCAUUUUGUACAGCGUGUGGGUCGGAAGUCCUUUAGGGAGGCCCCUUGUCAUGGUACUGGAGGCUGCAGCAGCUAUCUUCAGCAGGAGGGGCCCUCCUCCUUCCCUUGGUACAAGCAGCAGGCCCUUUGCACCAGGGGCCCUCGUUAGCGAUACUGUAGGGGGUCUCAGUCUGCAGCGAGCUAUCAAGGCCUACUGCUGUUGCUUGCUGCACCACCUGCACAUGCACAAGCUGCUGUUAUCGUUGCUGUGGGCUCUUCUGAAGCGAACACCCGAACUCGUAGACACAGCAGCAGCAGCCGCUACUGCAACACACAACAACAGCAGCAGCAGAAAUAGCAACAGCAUGAGCAGGCUGGAUGCACUUGUGAAGGUGCAAGCCUCGUGGCUUGCUGAGCAGGAGCACUUUGCUGCUCUCGUGUUCGUCUGGGCGGGGGGCCGCACGCUAAGGCAGUGGGCAGUAGGGGAGAGACAGCGGGCGGUGCUGGCAGCGGAAGUCAAGAGGCGAGACCUUGCUGCUGCUGCUGCUGCGACGCCCAGUGAGCUGGCGAGUGGGGGAAAACAGAGACACCACCAGGUGCUGCAGCAGUUGCUGCACCAACAGACCCUCUCCUGCUACUCUUUCUGGGCUGCAGUCCUCUUAAGCAAGGCAGCGCUCUUAAUGCGGCUUAAACCAUAUUCUAUAAGACAACGAAAAAAGGAAGAGGGGCUCCUUCCUUACAGUCUGGUACCGGCAGGGCUUCAGCCUCUGCGAACAGCAGCAGCAGCAACAACAACGGCAGCACACGCCUUUCGAGGGGGGUUGCACCUUCCUAGCCGCAUGCUGCAAGAGGGUCUCUGUAGCAGCAGCAGCAGCAAAUGCAGCUGCAACGGCGACAUACCCAUCCCUCUCAGCAGCAGCUUCACCCAGCUCAGCAGUCACUGCAGCAGUGACAGUCUCACGCUGCAUGCCUCAGAGGCAGACCAUCUUCCUGCUGCUGCUACUGCUGGUGCCUCUGCUGCUGCUGCCUCUGCUUGUCCUACUCGACGCAAUUCCCUCUCGUCCACGCCUGCCUCAGCGCUGCACUCCGCAAUUGCAACCCCAGCAGCGGCGGCAGCAGCUAGAGCAGCAGCAGCAGAAGCUGCUCCUGCGGGGACUGUCAGGCAGGAUUCAGAUACAGAGGAGACAGAAGAAGAGUACAAUCAUCACACUCUUGCUAAAGUCCUCGCGUCCCUCACUGCCUUUAAUGGCAGGGGGAUUCUCAUGCCUCUAGGGCCAAGAAACGCUAUCCCCAGCACCAAACUUGCAGCAGCAGCAGCUGCUGCAGCUGCAGCUGCUGCUCUAGGAACUGCCUCACCGACGAAAAGGACUAUUGCUGCCUGGAAACACAUGCAAAGAUGCAGGGCAGCAACUCGGUUGCACCAGCAGCAGAUGCAACAGCAGGAGGAGGAGGCUGCAGCCAGAAGCGUCUCCCAUGGUAUUGCUGCAGUGUUUUUUGCUGCUCCUCCUGCGCUGCCACCAACAGCAGCACGGGGCCUUGCUGCUGCGGUGAGGGCUGUGCAAGCAGCAGCAGCAGCAUCAGCUGCUGCUGCUGUAGCCUGCAGCACGGACAGACAGCCGGACGCGCACCAGCAGAAGCAGUUAACGUCCCUAAUCGCUGCUGCUGCUGCGUCAGCUGCAGCUGCGGUUCGUUCUGCAUGCACUGCAGCAGCAAGUGCAGCAACGGCAGCGGCAGGGCCCACAGCUGUUGCUGACUCUCCUGGAGCUGAUACUGCAGCAGCUGCUGCUGCUGCCCCGGUGGGAAUACUCGAUACUUCCCUCGUUGGAGGACCACUGCAGCAGCUGCUGCUGGUUCAGUGCAUCGGCAGAGCAGCAGCAGAAGCAACAAAAGAGAUGGUGAAGGAAGUGACAGCCGCUUCUGGUGCCACUGCUGCUGCUGCUGCCUCUGCUGCACCAGCACUCUCCCUGCAGCGACCACGCGGAGCAGCCUCUCACGUAAACUCGGCAGCACCGAGAAUGUCAGAAGCAGCCGCAGCAGGAGGAUCAACAGCACCAGCAGUAGCAGACUCUGAGGAUAGUGGUACCAAGCAGUCGAUUCAUGAUGUGUUUGUUGCUGCCACAGAACAAGCUGCUGCUGCUGCAGCUGCUGCUAAGGAAGCGGAAGACGAGGCAGCAGCAUGUGCUGCUUCUCCUGCAGGACCCCAAGAUGAUUUGAGCUGUUUGGCUUACGUGCUGCGGCAAAGGAGGCUGCGGGCGGAGGGGAUGCUGCAGGGUUUGGAUUUGCUGCAGCAUGCGCUGCUGUCUCUGCAGGGACCCCUGCCGCUGCGUCUGCUGCUGCUGGUGCUGCGGUCAAUGGGCAGAGAGCAGCCCCUCGGUGUGCCCGUCCCCUUCUGGGGUCCCCAGGCGGACAGCUGCACGCACGACGGCAUGCAGCUGGAUCCUGCACAGGCCUUACGGUGGCGGGGCUGCAGCAACAGCAGCAGCAACAGGAGCAGCAGCAGUGAGCCGUGCUUGCCUCUUUACCCUCUCUUCAGACCUUAUGAAUUCUCCGUAGCUGUAAGAGAUACCCCAGAGGGAGAAGAACAGAGACAGCAGGGAGACCUCUUCUCUUCUGUAAGGGGUUGUGGGGUACAGCUGGAGAGACAGCUCCAGCUGUUCUACUGUCGGGCCGUUGCUGUGGCAGUGCUUCUAGCAGACACCCAAAAGCAGCAGCAGCAACAGCAACAGCAACAACAGCAGCUGCAGCAAGAGCUGCCGCUGCCGCCGCAACAGCAUGCCACAUAUGUGCCGUACAAAAGCCACAAAUCGCCCUCACAGCGAGAGUCAAGUUUAAGCUUUGAACGUGCUGCUGGUGCUUCCGCUGGUGCUUCUGCUGGUGCUUCUGCUGCUGCUUCUUCCCUUGUCGUUGAUGCUGCUGCUUCUUUAUAUACGUCAGAGCAGCGUUCGCUGCAGCACUGCUUGACCGUAUGCUACACUGCCAUGUCUGUUAUGGGCUUUGUCCCCUUGGUUGAAGGAGAGACGCUGGCGUUGCAGCAAGUUGGUUUGCUUGACGCAGCAUUUGCUGGUGCUCUCCCAACACAACAGCCGCAACAACAGCAGAAGCAACAGCAGCAACCUGUCUUGGCUCCUCCACCCUACAGCCGGUUGCUGCUACUGCUCAUUAUAUGCCUCAGGGCUGCAGAAGCAGGGCAACAGCCUCGGGUGGCUGCCCUCCGGUGCUGUGCCGAUUUGUUGUUAAUUGCAGCUCUGCAAACAGCAGCAGCAAGACUUGCUCCUCACCCGCAACUGCAACCGCACCAGCAACCACCUGCUGUCAAGGAAGUGGCAUUUUUCCUUUCCUGGGAAUCAACCGCUCAUCUGCUUGCCGUUCUUCUGAUUCUUCUCCUCUCGAAGACGUUCACAUCAGACUCGGGGGCCCUUCAGCAGCAGCACCGAAUAGCAACAACAGCAGCAGGAGCAGCAAUACCGGCAACAGCACCCACAUCGAGAACAGUAACAGCCACAGACGCAGCAGAAGCAGAAGGGUCUGCAGGUACGACUCCUGCUGCCUUUUCCGCAGCAGCGUAUGACUACUGGCCUCCCUUCACAAGGGCACAGCCAGCGUAUACACCGAUUGGCUGCUGCAGCCGCAGCAGCAGCUUGGACUGCGUCUCGUGGGGCCCCACAACUUGCUGCCUCCAGUCAGUUCUGUCAUCAGAUGCACUUAGUGCUGCAGUGGCUUUGCUGCUGGCGGCGGGCAGCCCCAGACUGCAGCGGCAGGCAGUCAUGCUGCUGCAGCUGCUGCUGCCGCUCAGCAGCCAGCAGCAAGCAGCAACAUUUUUGUUGCCAGCCCUGAAGGCCCUUGCUGAGGGCCCCUCUCUCUCCCCUGGGGCCCUCCGAGAUGUUUUGCUGAACGCUGUUGCUGUUGCUGCUAAUCGCCGAGGCUGCUACUUUUUCAGUCCCACAACAGCAAUGCAUCAGCAGCUGCAGCAGCAGCGCCAGUUGGAGCAGCAGCUGCACUUCAUGCUGCUUCACCACAAACAACCGGGGGCCUCCUUGACUUCCGCAUCUGCAUCGUGGAGCCCCAUCUCCGUUGCUUCAUCGUCAUCAAGGCCUCUGGCAGCCAUAGCAGUAGCAGCUGCAGAAACAGCAGAGGACGAGGUGGGCCGCGGCAGCGGCCUUGCCUCUUGUGUGCCCUCCCUGGGGUUGUCUCCCCAAAGGUGCAGCGGAGACGACGACAGCAGCAGCAGCAGUACCAGCAGUAGGACCACCAGCAACAGCGCAGCACAACUUGUAGAGAGCCUCCUUGCAGCUAUUGGUUGUGGUGUGGCGGUGUGCAACCCCGAUGUGAUCGCCACUGCAACAAUGCAGCAGCUCAGUGCAGAAGCAGCAGCACCAGCAGCAAGAUACUCACAACCAGCGCAAGAUAGCAGCAGCAGCAUCAGCAGCAGUUCGUUGCGGCUGCUAGUAUCUCCUAUGGCCUUUCCUCUGGGGGAGUGUUCAUCAGGGCUUUCGCAGCUGUCUCGACACUGGGAGGAGCACCUACUGCAUCAGUUGGCUCACCGCAACGACGCGUUGUACAGUCUUAGCAGUAGUAGCAGCAGCAGCGACAGCACCAGCAUCCCCGCUUCCCUGCUCGCUCACACCCGCACAGCUAGACAGCAGGGGGCACUGUCUCUAGACCUGAGGGGACUCCUGCUGCAGCUGCUGCGAUGCUGUCAGUGGGGGGCCCCCAUUAGGCAGCGCCUGCUGCAGGCCAUAUCCUUCAGCAGCAAACUGCUGGAGGAAGGGUCUCACGUGUUGCUGCAGCGAGCAACAGACCACGCGAAGCAAAGACUGCAUGUGCUACUGCAGCAGCAGCAACAACAGCAUGACCUGCAGCAGUACCUCCAGCCAACACACGUGCAACCUACGCAGCAGCAAGAGAAGGCGCUGCUGCAAAGGGAGCAGACAACGCAGAAGCAAAACAAGCUGAAAAGACAGCUGGAGACCCCGCACCAGGAGCAUCAGCAACACGAUCUUCGAACAACACUGGAGGACUUCUCGGAGCCAGUCGAACACAGUUCACUCUACGUCCCGCAGCAACAACAGCAGCAACAGCAGUGGCGGCAGCAGCAGCAACAAGAGCAGCAGCAAGCCCAUCAUAAUCAUCACCAUCACCAGCACAAUCACUACCACCACCACGUGCAACACCCCCCCCUCCAUCUAGACCCUUGCAGGUGCCUAGUUGAUGCAAGCACCGCAGCGGGGAAUGCAGUGGCAGCAGCAGCAGCAGCAGCGGGCGAAGAAGCAGCAGCAUGCAUGGUUGGGGAGGGGGCCUCCAUAUGGGGCCUGGCGGUCUGUGAGGCGCUUGGGGCCCUUGCAGUGCUUGGGGGCUCUCCCGAGUUCUUAAGGGUCGGGAGUUCCUUAAAAUCAGACAGCAGCAACAACAGCGAGCUGCUGCAGCAGCAGCUGCUCCUGCAGCACCAGAGCAGCAGAGUCGCGAUGCUGUCGAGGUACGAAGGACUCGCCGUGCUGCAGGUCGACGAAGGAGACAGACCCGCGCUGCAACUUAAUCACGUUACUGCAGCAACAGCAGCUAACAUUUGCGAAACAGACGGACAGGCUAUUGCAGACUUGCUGCUCAGGGGAUCAGAACAGCAGCAAAAGCAGCAGCAGCAGCAGGAGCAACUGCAGCAGCAGGACGCAAGCGAACCGAGGAGGCACGUUAGGGAUCCGAGCAAAACGGGGCGGACAGCAACGUCAGCUGCAACAGCAAGAGGAGGAUCGGCAUCGGCAGCAGCAGCAACAGCAACGGCAGCAGAUGGAAACACUGCAGUGUCAGUGCAGAUAACAGAGACAGAAGCGCUGCUGAAAGAAAUCGUGCGACUGACGCUAGCAGCAGAACAGGGACUUCUUGAAGAGUCUCCCAAUUCGUGUGCUGCUGCUAGCUGCAGCAAAGCAAAGCCAACAACAACAACAACAACAACAACAACUGCAGCACAAGAAACAGCAGCCGAUCGGGUGGCUUGGCUGCCUGCUGGGCGCGUGGCUUCACUGCUGUUGCUGCAGCUACGGACUAUGGCUCUGUCUGCUGUAAGCGAGCUGUUGCAGAGUCAGCGAGUCGCUGCUUCGCUGCUGCAACAGCAGCAGCUGCUUCAGUCCUUGUUGGUCGUCUGCCUCCGCCCCAUCUCUGUACCCUACUUAGAGGGACUAGAAGAGCUUCGUGGGCUCUCGUUGCGGCUGCGGCAGCUGCUACGUGACAGGCUACAUGGCUCUUUGGCUAUAGAGAACCGUUUGUUGCUGCGGGAGGCAGCAGCAGACUUGCUGCAGCACUCGCCGUUUGCAGGUCUCCCGUUGCUGCUGCCAACUGCGUGGGAGCGACGCACAGCUCAAGGGCUUGUCUGCCCCCCAGAGGACUGGACUGUGCUGCUGCAACCCCAAGAAGAGCCGCACCAGCUGCAGCCACAGGAGCAACAAGAGCACCAGCAGCAACGACAGCAGCCGCAACAGCAGCGGCAGCAAGGUGAGACAUGCCCAGAGAACAGCCAAUUGCCAGCGGUAACUCCUUUCAACACAGGAGAUACGGACGAGGCACUGUGCGACAAGCAGCAACAGCAUGAGCAACAGCAGCAGCAUCAUCAGCAGCAAGAAGAUGAUUUGCUGCUGCUACCUGAAGCUCCUGUGACCUGCAGCGCCGGAGGGCAAAGUCUGUCUGAUACUCUCUUUUAUGCCGGAGCAGCAAAACAGCCAGUUGAUACUGCAGCAGCAGCAGCAACUGCUGCCAAGGAAGCGGCAGCUGCUGCGGACGACGAAGCAGAGGCAGCAGAAAAGGAAGCGCAAGCUGCUUCAACGCAGUGCAGUCAGCUGGCGAGUGCUGCGCAGGCCAACAGGGCCAUUCCCACAUCUUUACCUGUCUACUACUUCGAGGUGUACAUAGAAAAGGAUAUAGAGCAGCAGCAGCAGCAGCAGCAGGAGCUGGAGAAAAGGCAGCACUGCAGCACAUGUGGAACGUUGUGCGAGACAACAGGAAGGCGAGAGGCAGCAGCGUCUUUGGAGUAUGCGUUUGCACGCACUCCGAAGCAACAGCAGCAUACUGGGUGUUCUGAUGCCUGCUGUAUCUGCAGCAGCAACUGUAGCAGCAGCACCAGCGAGGAAUACGGCAAUAGCGGUAGCACUGGGUACCCUCUGGUAGCUGUGGGUCUGCACGUAGACGGAUGCGUUCUUAAGACGGGCGACAGCAGCAUCAGCAGCGGUUAUCUUUACUGCAGCAGCGGGUUGCUACUGCACGGUGCUUCUGCAGCAACAGCAGUAGCAGGUUAUGCUGCUCCAUAUGGCAGGGGAGACACAGUAGGGGUUUUACUUAACAGCAGACAACGCUGCAUCUCCUUUACUAAGAACGGCUCCCUCCUUAGAGUUUUGCCGUGGAGCAGCAGCAGCAGCAGCAAAAGUAAUUCCAACAAAUGCAGCAGCAGCCCAAACAACAAUAACGGCAGCAGCAGCAGCAGGCACGCCUUCACCGCCUUCGGAGAGGUGCGAGGGUGCUUCCGUCCAGCUGUAUGGGCUGCACGUUGCAGUAAUGGGGGGCCCCUCUGCCUAAGAGCCAACUUCGGGAGGGGGCCAUUUCUGUACCCUUUUGCCUCCUCCAUAGACUCUGCAGACAUGCAGCAGCUGUUUGUUGAUAUGGGUCUGCCGCUGACUUCUCUGCAGCUGCCUGCGCCACUGCUGGUGUCUGCGACAAGCAGCAGUAGCAGCAGCAGCAGCAACAGUGACAGCAAUGGUGAGUCUGCAGCUGCAGCAGCGGUUGUUGCAGCAUCCGCGUCUAACGCCACUGCAGCAGAAACCCCAGGGCCCCAGGAGACAGGCACUGCGAGGGUCUCCGUGGGUGUUUCCUCCGGUGUCCCAUCUGGUGUCUCUGUUGUAGGGGGAGGGGGACGGCAGGGGCCCCUUGGGGCCCUUAGCGAGGAGGCUCUGCAGCGGCGUGCUGCAGCAGAGACACUACGAGAUAUGAUGGGUAGCGGACUCUUUCCUCUAGGUCUUUGUGUCUCCGCCUUAAGACUUCAAGGAGACGAUCUACAAGCAGCAGCAGAAUGGCUCCUUACUAGUGGUGUCUCCGAGCUUGAGGCUAUGCAGUUGCGCUUCUUAGAGGAAGCAGACCUGCCAGAGGAAACACAGCAGCAGCAGGAGCAGCAACAGCAACAGCAACAGCACGAAGAACUUCAACAAGAUGCAGCAAUCGCAGAAAGGGCCGAAGAUGCAUUGGACAGCAACGACAGCAACGACGAUAGCAACAGCCCUAACAAUGGCAACAGAUCGAACAGCAGCAACACCAACAACAGCAGCAGUAGCAGCAGUGCAGAAGGAGAGGAGGCCUCUGCAAGUACAGAUGAAUCCGCCGGCGCCUCAAUCUACUCAAUGAUGCAGCAAGCCAGUGAGCAGGUGGCCCCAGAAUUUCAAAGAGACGAAACCCUCAGCAACAGCAGCAACAGCAGCAGCAGUUGCAGCUGCUGCAACAGCAGUAACUUGUCUGACGAGAUUGCUGCAGCAGUUCUGAGGAGCACCAAGUGGUACGACGACCUGUUAUCAGCAGCUGUCCGGCACCCCGGGGGUGGCGUGUCUUCGGCUACUGCUGCUGCUACUGCUGCUGCUGCUGCUGCUGCAUGCGGGCGGGGUUGGCGGUGUCAGCUACAAGCAAUGGAUGGCGCUGGAGAGCUGCAGCUGUUGGGGCCUAAGGAGUUAAGGCUAGGCCUCCUGGUGCGCGUACACCCCGCAGCAGCAUCGCUUGUUCACGGGGUCAUCGUCAUUCCCGAAGCAGCAGCAGACCCAGCAGCAGCAACAGCAGCAACAGCAGCAACAGCAGCAACAGCAGCAACAGCAGCAACAGCAACACCAGCAACAGAUAAUACUAGGCCCUUCGUUGCAGUAGAGAGUGUGUGUCCCCAAAGCACCUGCAGCAGCAGCACCACCAACAGCAGCAGCAUCAACAUGUAUGAGUCAACAGCUCGUCGUGCCGUACGGGAGUUGAUCCUGUCAGCGUCGGUGUCCGCUGUUAAGAGCAGUAGCAACAGCAGCAUCAGCAGGGGAUUGGUAACAACUCCAAUUAUUGAAGGACUCGUGGCCACGGCAACAGGAGAUGUGAUGCUGCUGGAGGGCCUCGCAGGACGUUGUGGCUUUAUCUGGCAGAUUGACGGCUUGGAGGAACUGCGGUUAGCAGCAGGAGACAAAACUGGCAACGGCAGGGGCAGCAGCAGCUUAACUGGGUUUCCAACUGUGGUACUAGAGGUAGAAGAUGAGGAAACCGGGGUUCGGAGGCUCUUCAGGCUUCCUCAGACAGUCCUUUGUAGGGCGGGGCCCCCAUGGGGGCCCUUGCAUGGGUUAGAGGCCCUUCUUGAGGGCCUCAGCGAGUUGACACCCCAGGCUGCAAAAGGGUACUCCGGUGCAGCUGGGGGACCCUCGAUCCGUUUGCUGCUCUCCCUGCUGGAGAAGCUUGAAGGAGCAGUUGCCGGCCUCCAGGUGCGUCAGGCUCUGAGGAGAAUGCUGGAAGCAUUUCAAGGGGACCCUGGGGGCCCCUUGGGGAGCCCCCUGCGGGGCCCCCUUGAGCGCCCUGCUGGAGGGGUUGAGGAACUGGGAGGCCUUACUUCCUUCUUGCAGCUGCUGCAGCUCAGCUACAGCGAGUUGGGGCCCCCAUGUUUUGCUGGUGGUGGGGCCCACAGGACAGCAACGCUGAUAUCGAGUUGUUUUGCUGUGUGGCAGCAAAGCAAAAACAUAGCAGCAGCAGCACCUCAUCUUCCUCAGCUGCAACAUCCCUCCUUCAUGUCCUUCUUCCUCUCUCCUCGGCUGGGGGCCCCCACAGUGCUUCCUAUACCUACCAACAGCGGCGCUGGGGUUUUGUUGGAGGCCCGUGGGGGCCUCGGGGCUGUAUUAUCUCCGAUCGUCGACUUCCUGCUGCAGCAGAUGUCCUCUAUGGCGGACCGGCCUGCUGCAGUCUCGCUGCUCCGGCAAAUGUUUCACAUGCUGCAGCCUCUUUCUUACUCCCCUUCAGCAACUCUACGUACUGCUCAGGAGCAGCGGCUGUUGCAGCUGCAGCUACAGCAGCUACAGCAGCAGCAGCAGCAGCACAUGGGGACUGUUGAGAUACCUGAGACGUUCGCCUGCUGCUGUGCCGGAGGCUGCGGAAUUUCUCUCCACUGCAGCAGUAGCAUAUCGCACCAUCUGCUGCAGCUGCGCGCAGAAGCUGCUGCUGCAUUCGGAUGUCUGUAUAGCAGGCUAGAGGCUGUAACGAACAGCGGUUUUGCUGGCAGCACGAAACUGCUGUCAGGCAUGGGGGUUCUUGCUGCUGCAGCACAAGCAGAAGCUACGGGAGAGGAGACAACAGCAAGGGCCCGUCUGUCUCCUGAGGUCCGCACUGCAGCAGACACACACAGAGAGAUAAGCAGAGACAGACUGCGAGCAACAGCAGAUGUACUGCUGCUGUGCAACGAACACCAACUAGAGCCCCUUAUCCGCUGUCUCUGUGGCCUUGCAACUCCUUCUGAAGCAAAAGACAAUACCCACAUCCACACGCACAAAGAUAAACACCAGCAGCAGCUGCAGCUGCAUCGCGGAGUAGCAGCAAGCGGCCGUCAACCGACUCAAUGUCACACGCCAGCCCAUAGAGAGUGCCCUGAGCGGGCGGCUGCUUCACCUUCGCAACGAGCAGAAGCAGUAGGAGCAACAGCAUCAGGAGCAGUACCAGCAACAGGAGCAGCAGCUGCAGCAGCCAAGCAGCCUCCGGCUGAAGCAGCAAACACAGAUGGGACAGUUGUGCUGCUGCAAGGGAACGACAGCCAGGAGAGAAUUCCCCCAAAGGCACCCACACCUCAGGGUGGGUUGCAGCAUCAGCAGCAGCAGCAACAGCAACAACAGCAGCACGGGCAGCUUCGCCAAGGAAGCUCAAAUCUACUAUCAGCCCUCAGUCUAAGUUGUAAGUAUCGACAACAAAAAUCAUUCUUCUUGCUGCCAUUCGCUGUAGACGGUUGCCCUGCUGUUGUUUCCCAACGGCCGUGGCCUGAGCAGCAGCAGUAUCAGCAGCAGCUGCAGCAGCUGCAAUGGGAGCACCUACAACAACAGAAUCGUGAGCAUGCAAGCCAGCAACAAGAGCACCAGCAGAUGCUAUCCACCCAGCAGCAGCAACAGCAACAAAAUCAGCAAAAUCAGCAGCAGCAGCGUGAACAGCAUUCGCUUGGCUCCGUGCCCCAUGUUUCUUCUGAAGGUUUUCACCCAUGUCCUGCUCCACUGCAGCAGCAGGAGCAGCAGCAACAACAAGAGGAGCAGCAGCGUCGUCUCCCCGUUGGCAGUGCCCAAGUGUCUCUUCAGUACCUGACAGAAUUUCUGCGCUUGCGACUGCGGCUGCUAAAAGCAACUGUGGGGCCCCACGAUAUAACCUGCCACCUUCAGGGUCUCCUCUUCUCCCUAGGUGAGGUGUCUCUACAGCUGCCCCCCGAGAGGCAGCUCUGGCUACCGUUGCUGCAGCUCUGCGGACUUGCUGCCGCUGCUCACAAUGCACCAGCAACAACAACCAAGGCUGCUAUUCUUGCUGCAACAAAUGCUUCUGUAGACAGCACAACGCAACAGCAGCAACAGAAGCAGCAGCAAGAACCCCAGCACCAGCACUUAUUGGAUCUGAUAAGUCGUCUUUUGCCUGUGCAGCAUCAGUUGUAUUAUUCUGCGUUGGCAACCAAAGGCAUAGGGUACGACUCCGACUCAGCUGCAGCAUCAAUAGCAGCAGCAGCAGCAGGAGCAGUCCCUCCUGUAUCUGCUGCAGUACGAGAGGCACUACUAAAGGAGACACUUCGUGUAUGGUAUGCUGCUCAUAGAGCAGCAACAGGAGAUGAAGUCUUUCGUGAUUAUGUUGAAUGGCCCCCUGGUGCUGCUGUCUUCUUAGCUGCAUUUCCUCCUCCUGCGUUUACUCGUUGUCUUCUUACUGCACACUUCUUAAAGAUAUUUGCCUUACAAAGGGAUGCAUCUCUGGAGCAUCACAGGGCAACAUUAGCAGCAGCUGCUGCUAGUGGUGGUAGUGGUGGUAUGGGUACUGGUUCUGCUGCAGCAGCAGUUACCCAGACACAGCUGCUGCAACUGGGUGAAGAACGAGCAGGAGAUGAUGCAGAACCAGUUGCAAUGGAUGACGCAGCAACAGCAUUGGUCACAGCAGCGCAUGCACCCUCGACAGCAGCUGCAGCAAGGAGACAAAUACUCACACCGCAGCAGACACUGGCUCCUCUCUAUCGUUUGCUUUCAAUUGUUCCUCUUGCGCCAUCACAGGAUGCUGCUUGUGCUGCUGAAGCCGCUGCAGGCAUUUGUCUCCGCUUCCCUCCUGCAGGAAGGGGAACAGCAACAGCAACCGCGACAACGACAGCAAAAGCAACAGAAGCAAGAGAAGCAGCAGGCAUCGACCCCGACGGAUCUGGCGGGGAGACAGCGCAACUAGAGUGCACUGGCGAGAGCAGAAGCGCCUCCAGCCAAGGAAACAGCAGCUGCAGCACCAGCAGCACCAGCAGAGAUGCUGCUGCUCAGAUUCUUCAGUCUCACUUUGCUGGUGUUCAAGAGGUGCUGCUCCGCUGCGUUGCGGAGACAGCAGUGAAGCAGCACCAUUGGCCCGUCUUCCCUGGUGUCGUUCCUGUGGGCGAGUGGCGCGCAACACCUUCUUCGAGCAGCAGCCGCAUCUGCUGCAGCAGCAGCAGCAGCAGAAGCAGCAGCCAGAGCAGCACCAUGGAGGAACCAGAAAAUGAAGCAGAGAGGGCCCUCGCUGCAUGCAGAGAAGAUUUUCCUGAGCCCGUCGUGUCGGUUGCUCUUGACGCAAGACCCCCCUGUACCUUCUCCUUUUGGUUGUAUGACGAUGAAGAAGAACCACGCAUGCUGCCGCCGCAGCAGCAACAACAGCAGCAGCAACAACAGCAACAGCAGGAGCAGCAGCCGAUCGGUAUGGCUUCCCCACUGGACACCCCACAAAACCCAAGGAGCAGCAAUUUCAACAGACGAGCCCCCGGGCUUUCUUCUGCUGCUGCGGUUGCUGCGGUGCAGCCAGUGCCACCUCCAUCCGGAGCUGCCAACAACGCCACAGGCAGCAGCAGCAGCAGCAGCACAGGCAGAAGCAGCACAGGCAGCAGCAGCAGCAGCAGUGCGAGAACAGCGAGCUUAGGUAGCGCCCCCGAAACAGCAGUCCUUCGCUGGAGGCCCAUGAGGCAGCGAUCAGAGCUGGCGGUGACGGAGGCCCAGAGUCCUGCAGCAACACUAAGUCGAAGCCCUCAGCUGCAGCAGCAGCAGCAACAGCAGCAGCAGGUGCCACGGCAACCAAGCUGGCACAGCUCCGGAGACCUCACCGGCAGACAGGCAGCAGGAGGCCCCUCUCGGGCCGACCUUGCAUACUCUGCGUCCCCUGCGCAGCAUCCUGGGGAUUUUCCUCCCCUGUCAAGCCCAUGGAGGCAAGACGAAGCAGCACAUGCAGCAGGGGCAGCAACAGGAGCAGCAUCAGGAGAAACAGCAGGAGCAGCAGCUGCUGCUGCUGCUGCUCCUGCAGGAGCAGCAACAACCGCAGCUGGAACAGCUCCUUCCGUCGCACCGCAGCAGGACACGAUACAUCGCCCCCGCCCAGCAGCGGGAACAGACGAUCCCAGAACCCCGCACAGGGACAGGGAAGGCCCUCGUCAACAACAUAUACAGCGAAACUGGCAUUCUGUGCAGCAGCCACAGCAGCAGCAGCAUCAGCAACAGGAGCAGGCGAUCGUCGGGGAGGACCCGGUCCUUACAAAUUCGGGGGAAGUGUGGCAACGACUUGCCCCAGAUCCCAUAGCGCUUUUGGAGAUGGAAAUGCAGCGGCAGCAGCAAUUGAACCUUCAGCAGCAGCAGCACCGGCAGCAGCAGAAUAUGGAAGGGGAGCAGCAGCAAAACCUCGCGAUACUGCAGUACCACCAAACCCUGGAGAUGCAACACCAGCAGCAGAUGGAGACACGGCAGCUGCGGCAACGGGUAGGCCACCAAGGCGUGCAGCAGACAGACAUGCAGCAGCAGCAAGAGGGGCAGCAGCAACGACAGCAGCAGCCACAACUAGCGUUCAUGCAGCGGCAGCAACUUGAUGUGCCGCAGGAAAGUCAGCUGGGCCAGCAGCAGGAGCAGCAGCAGCAGCAGGAUUAUCACCAGCAGAGCCCGGCAGAGUUACACAUUCAGCAGCAUCAUCAUCAGCAUCAGCAGCAGCGUCAGCAACAGCAGCAACAGCAUCACCAGCAGCAGCAGGGCCAGGUAGCGUCUGCGUCUUCUCCCGGUGACCUCGAAGGAGGGGGGUUCAGCCGCCCCAGCAUGCGUCGGUACCCUCCUUGGACAGCAGCAGCAGACAGCGACUCUCGAGGGGGGGGGCCUCCCCCGUCAAGGGUACCCCUAGAGGGAGGGCCGCGUGCAUCACUACCAGGAUACCGCCACCCAGCAGUAAGGAGAGGAGGAGGUCUUACUCGCAUCUCUUUGUUACAAGGAAGUCUUUUCCCUCAGCCACAGUACAGACAGCUGCUGCAAAGAAGAGGAGAUGUUGCUGCAUCACCUCCUCCCUUCGGGCCCAGCAGCAGCGACAGCCCACAGCAGCAGCAGCAACAACAACAACCCCAACAAAACCACAACAACAACAACAACCAGCACCAGCACCAGCAGCAGCAACAGCAUGAGGAAGCAGGGGGUGUCUUGGGUGCAGCAGAGCGGUACGUCGCUUCCCGUCUGCGACGGAUGGCAUUAGCUGAGGCUGCAGCGGAUGUGCCAGCUGCCGCAUGCAGUUGCAACAACACCAGCAGCAGCAACUAUGAAAGUACCAGCAGCAGCAAUGACAUCAGCAGCAGCAGCAACAGCGAGGGUUGCGGGUGUAUAAAGAAUGGCGGGGGUCGUGUUUGGAGACUUGUAUGGCUACGAGGUUGUGUAAGCGAGACAUUGUCUGUGUGGCUGUCUCCUGAUAACCAAGUGUAUGCGCAGCUACGGGUACCUCUACAGACAACAACAUAUAUAGAUUACCAAGCUGUUGCUGCUGCUGUCAGCAGCAGCCGACCUCUUCAGCCUCGGCGAUGGACGCACAUCAGUGUCUGUGUGGGGGCCCCCCUAGAGAAGGGCCUCCGAUUAGGGGUACGACUUUAUAUGGACGGUAUAGAAGUUGGUACUGCUGCUGUCAGCAGCAGAUGCUGCCUCUGUCAGGGGCCCCUCCCCUUCUGGGUAGCUCCGUUGCCUCUGCCGCUAAGACUUGAAGAGGUGCUCAAGCCCCCUCCCCAUCCAGCCCAGCAACAGCAACAGCAACAACGGAUGCAGCUCAACCCCCGCUGUAGGGCACACUCUAUGAAAGGAUUCAUGGGGGACUUAAGGGUUUACUCUUCUUGUCUUAGCCAGAGAGAAAUCCUUAAGAUAGUUGAGGAGACAGAUCAAGCUUACGGUAAGGAACGUAUAGCCCAGCUGCUGCACUGCAUGCACCAGCAUGACAGGUCCGACUGUAACUGCAGCAUCGGCAGCCGCAACGCUGAAGGCUCCAGCUGCAACGAUACGAGCCUCCCAACUACCGAACGGAACCCUGACCAGCGCAGCGCAGCGGCAGUGCCGACUCAGCAGCAGCAGCAGCAGCUACAGAAUACGCGGAGACGUCAAGAAGAUGAGCUGCUGUUGUUGCGUCUUUGCCACGAUGAAGAGCUGCUGCAGCUGUGGAGGAUCCAUAGACACUGGAGGUAUUGGGAAGACACAAGAAGGUCCCUGCCUGCUGACCCCAGCACAAUCCUGUGGCGGUACUCAGGUAUACGGACACCCCUUCACCAGCAGCAGCUGCAGAACCCCCACCAGCAACAGCAACAGCAGCAGGAGCAGCAGCAGCAGGAGCAACAGCAGCAGCAAUGCAAGGGGAAGUGGGAACUGGUGUUGCAGCACGUCGAGUUGCUGCUAAGUGAAGAGGUGUUGGGUGGAGUUCUGUCCGUCUUAGAAGAGGGUGGCCAGGCAGUGCAGCAGCAAGGAGAAGCAGGAGCAGCAGGAACAGCCGCAGCACCAGCAGCAGGUGGCAGCGGCAGUGGCGCCUCUGCAGACGGACGAGUCGACAUUGACAGCGUCCACCACUUUAGAACUCUGCUGCAGCAGCAGGACUUUGGAUCGCAGCAGCAGCAGCAGCAAGUGUCAGCGCUGCGGCGGCGGCUAGCAGCAGACUCAAGCCUGUGGGGUCUUGCUGAGGUGUCUCUGCAGAUCUGCAGAUCUUUAACACAACUCCUUGUUUCUAUUGGCCCUUGUCUUGAGCUCUUCUCUCCUCGGCCUUCUUCCUUCUCCCUCACCCUUCAAAACUUCAGACACCUAAUGCCGGCUAGCCUGAAGCACUGGCUGGUGAAUCUUUGUCUCUCUUUGUCUGAAGACCCUCGGGCUGACGGCCGUCUCCGUGUUGCUAUUAACAGGGCCCGAGCCUUAAGAGCUGGGGAGAGAGCAGCAGCAGCAGCACCUGCUGCUGCCGCUUCUGCUGCUGGUGCUUCUUCUGAGGCGGGACUUCUUGCAGCAGCAACAACUACCGCUGCCACGUCAACAUCCGCAGCAAGGGCGCCUGCUGCUGCUGCCUCAUCUACCAGCACCAGCAGCAGCAACGGUCUAAAAGAUGUAACGAUGCAGCUAGCAGCACAACUUGAAGGUGUAUCUCCUUGGCUGCUGCGGCGCAGCAACCGCGUAUGGUUUGUUUCUUAUGAAGGGGAAGGAGGGAUUGAUGCAGGGGGCCUCUAUAGAGAUCUCUUCUCUCAUGUUGCUGCUGAGCUGCAGACACAAGGCAGCAGCAACGCUUUGCUGCUGCCGUCAGCAAAUAGCAGAGGAUUCGGACAAGAUCAGGACAUGUGGCAGUUGAACCCCAACGCUCUAUCUGCUACUCGUCUUGGAGCGUAUAGAGUCUUAGGUCGCUUAAUGGGUGUUGUGCUGCGGGGUCGGCUAAGCUUAGCAUUAAAUUUGUCUCCUCUUGUAUGGAGACCCCUUGUAGGGUUGUCGCCUUUACCACAAGAUCUAGAGGCAACAGAUCUUCUUGCUGUUCAGCUACUUAAAAAGGUGCUGUCGUUGGAGUCUGAGGGUAUUGAUGCUGCUUCUUUUGCUGCUUCCUUCCCUUUAAGUUGGUGUACAACAUCAGCAACCGGAGAAGUUUUAUCUUUAAGGGAAGGAGGGGAAAGCGAAAAUGUUUCGUGGGGCGAUCGUGCGGUCUACGUACAACAGGCAAUGGCUCUUAGACUUGCAGAAGGACAACUACAGGUGAGGAAAGCAUAA